AUGGCAACGAGAAAGCGGCGGGGCUCGAGCCAGGAGCCUAUGCCUAUGCCGAAGCGAAGGAAGCUGUCCGCAGGGAAGCCUGAAGGGGCAUCAGGCGAUGCGGAGGUCCGGUCAGGAUGCGUCGGAAACACGGCCAGCACGGCCAUCAACCAUGAUGGGCUGCACCAGAAAGACCCAGAAGAGACACCAGCCCUGACGCCAGACAUGCCGGCAAGGGAGGAGAUCGCCGCAAAGAAAGGAGGGGCGUAUACAUCUGCAGUAUCUCGUCUCAUUCCUAGCUUUAGGCGACCCGGCAAGGCGGCGCCGGCGGUGAAAAACCAGGCCGAGGCGGAGAGCACAGAAGGUGGCCCGGAUCUAGCACUUGCCUGGGCGACAGAAAACAAAAAAGAUAACAGCAAUCCGGUUGACCAAGGCCGAGGGAUAAAGCGUCGUCCUAGUUCUCUCGACACAGUAACAGCGUGGUGCAGAUAUGUCGUCAUACAGGCUCGCAACAAGAUAGCCUUUAGCAAGACGGAGAAGGACCUCCAAGACUGCCAUCAGAAUGCCAUGCCCACAGCCCCGCCAUCAAAGGAGCCACCUCAAGGAAGUCCAUCUCGAGAGCGAGACUCCGCAACACCAUUUUGCAACCCAGAACAGGUUAUGGCUGGGGAAAGCCCGUCUGUCAUGUCUGCAAAGGAGGAAAAAAAGCCGGUUGAACCGUCCGAGGUCAAGACCAAGGAGGAUGGGCGAACAGUCCAACAGUCCAAGACCACCAGGCUCUCUGAGGAGCAGACUGAGGCCGGUGCCGCCAGCACCAAGGCAGAUUCUGCUGAGGAGCGGGCCAAACAUGGUCGUAUGAAGGGCAUCAACGCAGAGCUCAAUGAGGACACAGAGGCCGAUUUCGUCAAGGAGGUCGAGGCCGUCUCCACCGAGACGCAGAGUCGAGCCGAUCUCGCCGAGAAGGACAAGGCAGAUCCGGCCGAGAAGCAGACUGAGGCCAAGCAGCAGGUGAGUCAUGAUCCUGCCAAAGGAUUUGACCACAACAUCAUGGUCAGGCAGCCCGAGCAUAGAGAUCAGGCUGAACAGACCCACCACCUUGCUGAACAUGCAAUGGAAGAGAUUGUAGACGGGCAGCUCGCUGACCAUCACCUCGCAAUCAAGCAACACCAGGCGGCAUUGCCCAAGGCAGGUAAUCUGGCAAGUAAGCUUGUCACUGAACCUAUCCGAGGAGUACGUCACGCACUUGAUAGAGUUGAGGUCCAGGGGAUCAAGGAGAAACAGCCUCGCCAUUUUCAAGAGCACCAGAUUUCUGAAUACCCUAACCACCGUCGAGGGUCCAGACAUCGAGAGGGUGGUUACCAAGAUGAGGGCCAGCGAGACGAGGACCAUGGAGACGAGGACCAUAGAGAUGAGGACCGACGAGAGUUUGACUGUCACAGGCUUGAUCUACUUCGAGAGCUCCCUUUUCUCAGAGGCUUUGGCUGUCCUUGUGACUCUGAUAGUGAGUGGGAGAGUGAUGAUGUGAGAACAGAGUAUACCGAGAGUGAAAUCGACCCAGCUGAGCGGGCCGAGUGGGAGGAGUACCGCCUUGAUAUAGAUAGCCUCUUCCAUGACCCCAUGUAUCAAGAAGAUGCUCAACAUGAAGAAGAGCCUCAAGAUAAAGUGCUUGCUGAAGACCAGCUCUAUGAGGCGAGAUUUAUCCCAGGACAGCUUUAUAGAGAGGUCCAGGAAGAGCUUGAGGACCUGGGGGACCCUAGCAGCCAGUCGGGAAGCGAAGACGAGAUCAUCGACGUGUAUGCGGAUUACAACCGAAAUUACGAGUCGGAUGGGAAUGUUCAGUCAUCUGGCAGCUCGUCUGACGGCUCGUACGAGCCAGAUAGCGAUGGGAGUCCGGAGCCUCCUGAAGAGAGGUUGUCGCGCACACCCCCAACAAGGAGGCACCCGACGACAAGGAGCCCGACAGGUCAACGCCUGCAAGGAUUCUAUUUCCAGCGCCGGCAGAAGCCACGAGGUUGCUUCUUCUUGGCGCGUUCUUCUCUGGGAAUUUCUGAGCCCCUCUAG